CUCAAUUACGGACUUGUUUUCGAAUAUGACUAUUGAUCAUUUUCUACAUAUCUGGACGCCAUUAUCCUUAUUGCAUUUUAUAUUCAUUAUAUCUAUCAUUUCAGCGAAAAAGUGUAGGCACGUGUCUACAGUGCCUUCAGGAAGCGUUGCCACGGUGGAAAACUUGAACUCCUAACAUUGAAUCAUCGCUAUUCAACUGUACUAUUAUAAUGCGUGUGCAUUACUCGAUUAAUAACUGCUGUUCAUGUGUAGGUAAAUUCACCUAACAAGGAAGUUUUUAGAUUUUCAUUCAUUUGAAACGGUAUACUAGUAUUAUAAUAUUCUAUUCGAUACAAGUAAAGUUUGGACUCUAACCGUCAACUUAAAAUCUAGUUCUCCAUUGCUCACAAAGUGUUUAUAAUGCAACGCGAGGAGAUUGUGGUCUACGAAAACACUGUGUUAAAUACCGGUACUGUAAGGAUAGGAACUGAUGCUAAAAGGGCGAGUGUAGAAGACGAAAAUUGCCUUUCUGACAAUAGGUUAUCUCGGAUAAAAUGUUUAAUGUACACAGCACUUGUGAUGAUGAUUUUAAUGUACGCUGCAGUUAUUGGUAUAAUUACCACAUUUGUGAUAUAUGCACCCAUAAACCAAGUUGACGGGAACUGGGCCCAGUGGUCUGACUGGUCUUCAUGUGACGUCACAUGCGGAAGUGGAUCAAAAUCACGUUUCCGGACAUGCACAAAACCGACACCCACAUCAAACGGACGUUUUUGUACUGGAUAUGAUACAGAUAUUGCGACGUGUCAGCUGCCAAAAUGUCAUGGCAGGGUUAAUGACAUGAAAAGUUAUAGGAGUACUUUUUCUGCAAGACUGACUAAUAAAGUAUACAGACCCCCGUCAUUUAAUGAGCAUGAACCCGUCGUGUUUGACGAGAUUACGUACAAUAACAUGAAUGGGUACGAUAUUAGUUCAGGCAUUUUCAAAGCUCCAGUGAGUGGUGUUUAUCUGUUUAUAUAUUUCAUUGAAAUUGACGGUGAAUUUGGUAAGAUAGAACUACAACUGAAUAACAAAUCCAUCAGUAAGACAACACUUUCCAGUAUGUAUGUAGAUAUUUCUGUCUUUAGUAACAAUAAUUCUGUCGUAUUCCAAAGUACAAACAUAAACAGGCCAGAUAAUGCAACCGUAGAGAAAAUAAGUUGCUUAAGAGAAAGUAAGCAUCUUUUAACCGGUUCUUCCAUUGUUGGAUUACAACAAUUUAUGGACAGUUGUCCAUACAAAGGAGGGGUACGAGCAAAAGGUGGUGAUUCAAUUAUUACAUAUAUGCAUGCAGGGAGUCAAGUUUGGAUUCAGAAUGCGGGAUGGCGAUAUAGUUACUUUCAUUCAUUUACUUCAGGCGCUUUCACUGGUAUUUUACUGAAGGAAGAUUAGGGAAUAAAUACAGAACAAAAAGUAACAAUCAAACAUAUAAAGAGCAUAGAAACGGUUAUUCAAAAUACCUAUAGGUUAUAUAUAGAUUUAAGAAAAUCUGGAUAAAAAUGCAUGAUAAGAUAUCUAAUACGUGACGACGUCGUCUAAUGUUGAUGAACUGACAUUUAAGAUUGGUUCAUAUAUCAGCAUGGAAGGUUAAUGUUAUUUUUAUAAUUAUUUCUAACGCUUGAACUCAUUUUUUGUCUUUGUUUUGAAAUGCUCUGUUUUCAAUUGUGAUUAGUUUUCAACAGUUUACCCAUUAUCUAAGUGUAAUACUGCAUAAAUAUGGCUGUAAUACCUAAAUUUUGAUAAAUAUUUGUAUGUUUGUUGAUAAUCAAUUGUGAAAGUGUGAUCAGUACUUCCCUUAACUUUCUAAAAUGUAUACAUGUGUACCUUUUCACUGUCUUUUUUUAUGUGAUAAUAUAUUUCUUAAAUAAUUGUACUUUUGUGUGAAAAAAAUCUUUUACAGUAAAAACCCUUUAUUAAGACCACAAACGGUACUGGACCAAAAUGGUCUUAAUUGCGGGGUGGUCUCAAUUGUGUAUAUUCUUAUCAUUGUUUAUAUAUUUCAUGACCAUGGUCUAUUUAAGUCAUUUUGUAUGAACAAACAAUAUGUAUCUUAACCUGCAAGUAAUUCUAUAAAGUAAGUUAUAACGUUUAAUCUGUCAAUACUACAUGAUUCACCUGUAAAUUAAGAAUUCAAUUCUUCACAAAAUAAAUGUGCAGAAAGCAACAUUAAACCACUCUAAAAUUUAUUUUAUACAAUAAACCGAUAGUGACAGUUUUGACACCUUGUUACAUUAAUGUCAGGCCUAGGAGCAUUCUUGCAAAUAAUAACAUUAAACUUGUUUUGUUUGUUUAUUUACUUGAUUGGGUUUUACGUCACACCGACACAGUAAAUGUCAUAUGGCGACGUUCCAGCUUUACUGGUGGAGGAAGACCUUAGGUGCCCUUCCAUAAACGGUUGUUUGUCGGUUAUUUGUCGUUUUUAACUUUUUUAAACUGUUUUCUUUCAUUUGUCCUUUUUUAACUGACAAAACAAUGUCAUUUUCUAUGGAAAGUAAAUAAAAAGUAGAUAUUCGUACAUGAGACAAACAUACACACGAACGAUAGUUUACCGCUUUUCUUCCCAAUUUCAACAUGGUAACGUUCGUAAAUAUAAAUGAUUGCCACAAAUGAAUAACAUGGAAGGAAGUUGGAAAGUAAAAGCAAUGAUUUCA